AUUCAGACCACUUCUGCGCAACUGCAUGUGCCAGAACAAAUUUUCUACGAAGAAAUUCAUCAACUCUUCACCUAUCUUAGACGCCCUUAUUAAAACAUUCUAAUGUAUUUAUGAGGAUAGCACACCUAGAAAUCGUAUUUCAUAAUUUUUGAGAUUACUUGAUAAAGUAAAGUCAUGGUCAUGGAAACCCCAAGCCCACAGUGUGUUGGCCGCGAGUUUGUGAGGCAGUACUACACCUUGCUUCAUGAGGCCCCACUGCAUCUCCACAGAUUUUAUAGCCACAAUUCCAGCUUUGUACAUGGUGGCGUUGAGAAACCUGGUGAAGAACAGCCUCCAGUCAUGGGACAAGUUGAUAUUCAUAAGAAGAUUAUGUCUCUGAACUUCCGUGAUUGUCAUGCUAAGAUCCGACAAGUUGACAGCCAGGCAACAGUAGGCAAUGCAGUAGUGGUACAGGUGACUGGAGAAUUAUCAAACAAUGGACAGCCAAUGCGUCGUUUCAUGCAGACCUUUGUUCUUGCUCCUCAAUCUCCUAAGAAGUAUUAUGUCCACAAUGACAUCUUUCGUUACCAGGAUGAGGUUUUCCAUGACAAUGACACGGACACAGAAAACCAAGAUGAAGAUUCUGAUGUAGAAAAUGUGGACUCCAACCCUUCUUCUGUGCAGGAAGUGGUCCCGGACCAGAGCAUAGCCACAUACUAUAGCGAACCCCCAUCUGCUCUGAGGUUGGUGUCUACCUCAAGUACAGAUUUCCAGCUGGAGUCACAAAUUGAUAAUGGCACUGCACAUCUGGAAGAACGUGUAGACUCUGCCUCACAGAAGUCCGAGGAGGAGGAAGAAGAGCUUAAACAAGAGGAGGAAGCUGAGCUAACUGAGGAAAUAUUCCAGGAUAAGGUGGAAGAACAAACUUCAGUAGAGCCAGAGCCCCAGGAACCUGAAGAACCAGCACAUCUGGAAACACAGUUCACAGAAGAACCAAAGAGUUUGUCCUGGGCUGCUAUGGCUGGGAAGAAGGCAAACAGCACCAGUUCAUCCACAGUUCCCCCAUCCAUGCCUCCAGCACCAUCUGUCACAUACAAAGCUCCACCUACACAAGGUUUCCCAAAGAUUGAGGCAAAACAGGAUUCUACUGCUCCUACAGGUGCCCCACAGCCACAGAGAGCACCAAGACAACAGCGGGGUGACCGUUUCCGUGAUCGAGAUCGUUUUGGGCGUGGUGAGGGUGAUGGAGAUGCAGACAGCCAGGGUGGCCGACGAGGAGGCUCCAUGGGUGGAGGUGCUUCACGACACCCAGACAGCCAUCAGCUGUUUGUUGGAAAUCUUCCACACAAUAUCACAGAAAAAGAAUUGGUUGAUUUCUUCACUGGAUAUGGUACUGUUGUGGAAUUGAGAAUAAAUACCAAGGGUAGUGGUGGUAAAUUGCCUAAUUUUGGCUUUGUGGUAUUUGAUAAUGCAGAUCCUGUAAAGAAUAUUCUGAGUAAUAAGCCAAUAAUGUUCAACGGGGAACAUCGCCUGAAUGUUGAAGAAAAGAAGGCACGUGGUGAGGGAGGAAGACAGGGAGGAAGAGGAGGGAUGCGAGGCACCAUGACAGGCCCUGGACGCGGAAUGGGAGGCGGCAUGGGGGGCAGAGGAGGGUCUCGUGGAGGUGGGGGUAUGGGUGGUCCAAGGCCAGACAGAGGCAGCGUAGGUGGGGGGAGAGGAGGCGGCGGUGGUGGCAUGAUGACUGGAUCAAGACGUUGAUUGGUGUGUCUUUCCAGUUGGUGCUUCUAGAAAGUAUGCAAUUCUGACUAGCUUGUCAAUUCAGUUACAAAGCAAGUAUAACAUUAACUUAAGGGAUAGAAUUUAGUAUUAAGGACUAUCCCAUUUAUGUACAGAACUAGUGCCAUCAAAUAUUUUGUGUACAGUAACUUUAACUGAAUUUGCUGAUUGAAGCAUAGGAUGAACAUGCUUUUUAAUAUUUAUUUCAUGUAAAAGAGUGCGAGGAUGUAUAAUGACUUGUAACAUCGAUUGACCAGCUGACACUGACCAUGUUGAAUGGGCUGGGGUUCCCAUGACCUUAAUUUCAUACGGACUCAAAUCUCUUUUAUGUGAAACAAAGAAUUAAAUAGAAUCAUUCCUACUAGAUGGUAUCCCCAUUGUUGCCGAUUAUCUGACAUUAUGUAUUUGUUGUAAAUAAAUGUACAGUGCAGCAUAUUUGUGCAGAACGGGUCUCAAUCGGUCAACAGUGGUCAAUGUAUAUAAAUUAUUAAUGCAUUGUAUACAUAGGUUUUGAAAACAGAAUUGCAUAUUUUCUGUAAACAAGUACUUUUUGCAUUUUUCCUACUUCAUAUUUAUGUGAAACAUAUUGGAUAUGCCUUAGGUCGUGGUUCCAUCAAGGCAUAGAUGUUUUCAUCGUUAGAAGAAAUAAAACGACGCAAAGGCAGAUAACAAAAGAUCUCCCAUUUUCAAAUGUUAUGUGAAAGUGAUUUUUAAAGUGGUCACAUUUAAUUUAUUUCAUUUUUUUUUUUUUUUUUUUUUUUAAUUUUGUCCCUCCCUCAGAUAAGAGAGUACUAUGCAAAACGUCACUUGAAUUUGGGAUGUUUAAAUUGAUUCUCAUAUCUUGUGGAAAAUUUUUCUUCAGAAAUUGUUUUCCAUUGAAUAUCAUAGUGCAACAGAGACUAGGAAAUAUAACUAUUAAUUUAUUGUAACUUUAAUAUGUCAACAUUCCUGGUUUCUGAAUAUUACAAUUUUUACUAGUCCCGAAAGUGCAGGAUAGAACAAACAUAAGGAAUGCUGCUAUUCAUGCAUUUUAAUUCUUUUCUCAUUUCUCCUUUUUUUCCUACCCCUUGAUUUGAAAUUGAUUCAUCUGCUAGUCGGAGGGUACUGACAGGAUAGUAUGCAGAUUUUAUAUUGAAUAUUUCACGUUAAAGACUGAUCUCUAAAAUUGGUUUACAUCUUGAAAACAGAAUAUUUAUUUUCUUCAGCAAUUGUGGUGCAACUUGCUACCUACAUGGCAGUGGGCGUGAUAUAACAAUGUGAUGAAGUAUUGUCUAAGAUUUGCCAAGGACAUUCAGAUGUUGUGAGCCUCUCAACACUGGCAUUAGACUGGUGUCUGCAAACUUGCUAAAUGGUACCAAUAGUCUUUCAAGAUGAAAUCUCACAUAUUUAAUAGUAGAAAAUAAACAACAAAAUAUAAAGUGUUCGUGGAUGCUCUCGGGUACAACUGUUGUUCUAUUAUCCCAGGUACUGCUCCGCUAACAAGAAAUGAACAAGUAUAAAUAUAUAGUCCAGUGAUUGAGGUUCUCUACAAUACUGCCCUAUUCUAAUUGUGACAGUUAUGUACACUCCAUGUGUUAAUGUGUGUGAGAGGUGGACUAGGCUCCUACAUGGACAGACAGAUCCAGGUUAGGCACAUCACCAUACAAGUGCCAAAUAUCACACUAUAUAUGAUUUUUUUAGAAUUAUUAUUUCAACAAUUCCCAAUAACAGUUUCUUUAUUUGCCUUUGAGAAUGCAAGACAAGUGGUCUUAUUUUAAAUAUGAUCCUGGUGUUAAAUUUGCAUUCUAUCCUUCCAACGCAUGUAUAGUUUGAUAAAUUAAGUCCAUCUCAGCUUUAGAAAGUAUUUUGCUGAUUCCCAGGGUAUGUUGGUAGAGCAAUCACAAGUUAACAACAUUAUGACCUGACCUGGCAUUGCCUGUCCUAGUGUUGCAUACUAGUAGCAGGGGCAAUAGUGAAUGUGACUAAAUGUGUGCAAAUCAUUUGUAUGUGGUGUAGAUAAUUUGUUCAGUUUUUCACACAGCUGUGGCACAUGUGUUCUGGUGUUCAUCUUCAAAGAAGAACAGCUACAUAUGCUUACAGGUGUUUCAGCCACCUAGAAAAAUAAUUGACUUAAUAUUGGCAAAAUACAAAAAGAAAAUAUUUAAACAAAUUCCAUGUUUUAAUAAGAUGGUGUAUGUUUACAAAUUUGUAUUGUCUGCCUGCACAAGUUUUGAAAAAAAAAAUAAAAAAUAAAAAUAAAAAAG